GUUCCAGAGAAUCCAACCUAGAGCAGCGAGUGAGGGACAACAGGAAGGAGGAGAGAGGAUGAGAUAAACCGCCCUCUCCUUCACUCCUCCACCACACGCUGCUGCUGCUGCAGGAAGCUGUCAGAGCCAAAAGAGAGAGAGUGUCUCAAUCCAGCAUCCGUGACUGGAGCAGAUACAGUAAAGAAAUAAGGAGGGAGGAGAGGGAAGCGCGCGGACUAACUCAAGUGUGAGGAGCCUUCCAGUACAGUAAGAUCAGGACUGGCGUGAUUAGAUAUGGGGUGUAGGCUCCCAAAGUUGCGCAAGACUGAAGAGAGGCACAGCCCAGGAAAUAUCUACUCCACCCUCCGACGUCCUCAGGUGGAGACUAAAAUUGGAGUGGCCUAUACCUACCACUUCCUGGAUUUCCUUUUGGGAAAAGAAGAGGUUCCGGUGUCAUCAGUCCUUUGUCUGUCCUCGGUCAGAGAGCUACCGGUUCAGGUCAGGGAGCUCUACACGCAGGGUUUUGUCCUGGUUGCUGUCCACCCCUUUGUUCACCCCUGUGGGCCUCGCCAAGCACACAUCCAGCGCCAGCUCCACCGGGCCGUACUGGUCCGAGAGACACCAAGUUCAGAGAAAAGCCAACUGAGAUGGGCAAGAAAUCGUCUGGAGACGGACGUGUGUGUGGCUGGUCACCAGGCUGCUGACCCAGAAGUGAUCCAGAGCUACGUCAAGAGGAUCCAGGAUGUAGCAGAGCAAGGUGUGAUGUUUGUGGGCUUUCUCCAGCAGCCGGGUGGAGGACCUUGCUUCUUAGGGAAUUGGGACCCCGAUGAGCUGUCGUCCUUACAUUCAAGCCCUUCUCCUAUACAUCGACACCCUUUCAGUGCCAACGCCAGCCCGACGGAUCCCACAGAACCUCAUCAAAAUGGCGCUGAAUGUGAUCUUUGCACCUCUGAGUUAGACCAUUGUGAUUUAGAAUGUAACACACAGGACCACAAUACUUUGGUCCAGAGAGAACCAGACUUCAGCCCCCUGAAACCUGCUCCGGGCAAAUCUAGUGAACAAGUUCUUACCUCACAGAUCGGCCUCAAAGAGUCAGCAAAUGAACCUCAAAAUCACAUCAAACCUGGUUUAGACACACUUCAAAGCUCAGCAGAUGCCCAUGGGAACGGGCUAGGCCUGUGCCCUCCAGAAACAGCAGGUGCAACAAGGCAGCAGGAGAGUGUUGUACCAGGAGCUAAACGAAACUUGAGUGGAUCCACUGAGAAGCAUUUUAGCCUUCCAGACCAGAGAGAAAGACGAGGUUCAAGCUCAGACAGCUGGCUCAGCUCUCCAGAACUGGAUCGUAACACUGAAAGGAAGUCUGCUCGUACACAUGGGCAAAGCAGAGUGACGACGCACAACAACAACCAUAUCAGGCUAAAGAGCUCUGAAAAAGACAACGGUGCGACCUCUCCACCGGCGCAGGCCGGGAUGCAGCUCUUUGCACUGUACAACCACACAGAGGAGCUGAACAGCUCUCUGAGGUUCUACUCACUCAGGGUGCCACUGCAAAUACAAAAGGAGGCAGGGCUAAUCACAGAAGUUGAUGCACACUGGCUCGACCACUUGACCCAGCAUUUCAACAGCGGAGCGCACCUCAUUGAUGGAUUUUUCCAUCUCGGAGAUGAUAACACUAAUGGGGUUUCAUCUGUGGAUAGUGUGUUCAUCCUCCAGACCUCCGCAGAGGAAACUGCAAACACUUCUUACGACGCUAUCGUAGUUGAACAGUGGACAGUUGUUGAUGGUGUUAUGGUAAAGACAGACUACAUCCCAUUGCUUCAGUCUUUAGCACCGUAUGGAUGGAGACUGAUGUGUGUGUUACCCACACCUAUUGUCAAGACAAACAGUGACGGGAGUUUGUCGACGAAGCAAAUUCUGUUUCUUCAGAGACCUGUUUUGCAGCGCAAGAGGAAAGACUUCAAGAUGCUGAACCUCAGGGGUCGCAGCAAGGCAAAGAAAAGUACUACUGGAGAAAUGCUAGAAGAGCGAGAAACCAGGUCCCCUUUGAUAGAGACAGAGAUGGACGGGUUAAGAAGCAACGCAAAAGAGGAGGAGGAGGAGGAGGCGGCAGCAGAUGGAGGGAAGAGCAGGGACAGCGGAAGGAGCAAAAGAGCGGUCCUGCAGAAAGGUGGAGAUGAAGGGGGAGAGGAUGCACCACAUCAAAAGGACUUCUCGUUCCUAUCCAAGAGAAGAGCUUCUCUUGAAGACCAGGAAGAGGAAACUGACAUUGACAUGAUGCCACUGUCCAAGCAGGAGAAGUCAGUAAGAUGGACAGAUUUCUAUCAGGAAGGUAAUGCUGGACCCAAGGAGGGAAUGAGGACGGAAGAGCGGAUCAGACAACAGCUCUUUUCUGGUGUUUGUUGAUAUAUUUGGCACCAAAACCUGGUUAGUCCAUUAUAUAAAAAAAAAAAAAAAAAAAAAAAAAGCGUUUCAACUUUUUAGUUCCUCUGCAGACAACCCAGAUAUAACCACUGUAUCCAUAUUGCGUUCUGUUGCUAACGCUUCUAUCUGCUCUGUUUAGGGCAUUAACACAAUGCCUUCAAGGUCGUAGCUCCUGUAAAUGGGAAAAGUGUUGUGCAGUAUUCUGCUUUGGGUUGGUGCUGCUAUGUGUCUUUAUAUGAAAUGAGACUGUACAACCUAGAGUUAGCCUCCAGUCCAAGCCUUAAGUAUUAUUCAUUCACACUGUUGUAUUUUACUACUUUCUUGUAAAAGGACUGUGAGUUUUGAUUUCAAUGGGCUCACUGUAUUUUUAUAUGUAAAAAAAUAUAUAAUUUAAGGGGAAAAACAAGUCUGCAGUACACUGCAUUAUGGCCCGACGUACAUAUUAGCUCAUGGUUUUGCUGCUGAGUGCUGAAUAGUAACAAGAAUGCAGUUCAGCAAUGUUGAAAAUAUCUAAAUCAUUUAUGUUGUUUUGAUUCCAGUUUGUCAGCCAGAGGGCGUUUACUUUAUAAUUCUCAGUGUUUUGCUCACAUAUCUCAGUCACAAUUGUUAAUAGUCUACCUUAUUUUAAAGGGAUUUGUUUAAAAAUAAUAGUACAUAAUAUUUCAUAAUCAGAUGGCAUAAAUUCUUACAGGUGCAGAAACUUAGAAAAGUCAUUGGAAUUUUUCAUAUUUCUCUAACAACAUGACCUAAAACGUCAGACUUUCUUGUCUGAAAAGUAGAUAAAGAAAACUCAAUUAAACAAAUAAAGGGAAAUAGAAUUUGCCACUUUUUACUGAGGAAAAUUUACUCGUAUAACUGGAUCACUGGGAAGCCAUUAGGGCCCAGAUGCAGCAAAACAGGUUCAAAUAUAUCACAUAUCGGAUGAGGUCUCAUUCAUCUACAAGGCCUAAUCACUUGUCCUGGUGAUCUUUAGCAAACUGCAUUAGUGUUCUUUAAGAGCAACACACCAACAUUAUCCAGUGUGAGUGACCUGGAGCUGCCGUACUCCUUACUCUUUGUCAGUCACUCCUGUGGAAAGUAACACUAGUGGGUGGGUUUGUAACCGUUUCCAGCCUGAUGAGCAUAAACAGUUGUUAUUCUUAAGUCCUUAGAAAUUCCUUUCUUCCUUUGUUUGUGCAAACGACAACAAAAGGGUAAUUAUUCACUUCCCUAAACACGAGCUGUGAAGAACAGACUUUGAUAGCUCUAUAAAUAAAAACAGGGAGCACGUACACACUCAACUUUUAACCAGAGUGUAAAUGUCAUUUAUUUUUUGUUUCCUUUUAUCUCGAGUUUGGACUUUUGUUGAAAUCUGAUGUUUAAUAUCAUAUUCAUGCAGAAAUAUAGAAAAUCUUUAACAGUUUAUGAAUCUUUUCCUGCAACUGUAACUAUCAGUAGCAAUCUCAGAUAAACGGCAAGAGUCGGGCUUUGAAGUGCACUCAAGUAUUGAGUUUUCUUUUUUAUUGUAAUAAGGUGUUCGUUCCAAUUUGUAAAAAAAAGAAAAGAAAUCAAAGCCUGGGUUAAACAAAUCAGCAGUCUACAUGGCUAGAAACUACCAGAGGCUGUUGACUGAUUUAUUUAUUUAUUUUUUUUGGUAAUUUGGGUAAACUGACCCUCGAAAAAGGUGUAAUUUAGAAAUCAGCUAUUUAUGAGUUAUUUCCUGGGCCACCUGUGUUGUGUAUAAGUAGUGUAACAUGUAG